CAAAAUUUUUGUUUAAAAUGAAAAUCAUUGCCAUCUUAUUAUUUUGUGUCACAGCGGUUUUGGCUGCAGAGCAACUGAAACCGAAUGAAUGGUGCAGUGGUGCCUAUUUAAGGGAAGCCAUACGGAAAUGUGGUGCAGAAUAUGGAGCCACACAAGCUGAUGCCGAUGAUUAUAUACAACAUCGUCCUGCAGCCAAUGAUAAAAUGAAAUGCUAUCGUGCUUGUCUUUUCAAUGAAUGUAGAGCGUUUAAUAUGGAUGGCAGCUUUGUGGCCAAUGCUCCUCAAACUACAGCAUUUUUGGCAUCUCGUAUUAACCCCUCACACUGGGAACCUGCUGAAAAAGCAGCCAAAAUUUGUAUUGCCAAAACUCCAUACGGAACAGACAGAUGUGAAACCGUUGAGCAAUUUUCACUUUGUCUGACAGAAAAAUCUCCAGUAAAACUAUCUUAUGAAGACAAUUUCAUAGAAAAGAAUCGCUGAACGUUGAAAUGAGGAAGCCUUACUUAGUAAAUAGAACAUCGAACACCG